GCAGUUCUAUCUUCUGCUUAUGCCUAAUUUAAUGCACAAUUGAAAAGAAGAGUUAACUAUGGCUUCCAGUUCUCUAUUUUCACUGAACUUUACAUCUAUCCCCUACGCAAGUCCUCCCACUAAACAUCCAUUUUGCUUUCAUUCUCACCUUCCUUCUCGUUCUCUUCAAUACAGUAACAAGAAGAGAGAAUUCCCACUUACUUCUGUAGCUUCAAUCCCAUACCAACCAAUCAAUGUGGACUACUUGGAGGAAGAAUUUAGUGGGCAUGGAGUCAAUUUCGAAGAAAUCGGCGAUAGCUGCAUUGCCAAGAUGAGACUGGAGAAUGGUAGUGCAGCCACCCUGAUGCUUCCAAGUGGCCUAAUCACAUCAUACAAGGCACAUAUGUGGCAUGGGGGCACAAUUGAACUUCUGCAGACCACUGUCUCGGAGGGGGAAGAUGGCAAUCCUCUCAUACAAGGCGGAGUAUCUUUAGCCUUCAACUUUGAAAGUGAUUGUGGAACUUCAUGGUCUCCAAGCACUUGGACUGUUCAUUCUAUUAGAGGUUCUCCUCAAGAAUCUAUUCAGGUUGAACUGAUAAGCACAGAUGCAGAGAAUAUGGUUGAAAUAAGACACAUUAUGAAUCUUGCAGUAGACACCUUAAGCUCUAAGCUCAUAGUUUCGAACUCAAAAUCUUGGUCGAUCCAGUUGAUGGGAUCCCUUUUAAGCCAUCUAACAGUAAGCUCUCCAGAAGCGACUUAUGCAUAUGGGUUAGAGGGAUCAAAUAUCUUUGACAGGCCAAUGUUCUUGUCAAACUUGAGCAUAGUUCCUCCUGACAGUGACCAAGAGAGUGCAGAUAGUUUUGGGAAACUAAGAGAUAUUAUGAGGCUCAAAGGAUCUAGCUGGGGUGCAAGAAAUCAAAAGGACUUCGAUAAAAGGAACAGCAGCCAAAUAGAGAGUGAAGAAGAAAUAGAGUGUGAAGAGACUGAUAACUACAAGCAUUUAACUGGGAAGAUGAGCAGGAUUUACACCAGUGCUCCACGGGAUUUCACAAUCAUUGACAGGGGUAGAAGAAACUCAGUUAUCAUAGCAAGGAAUGGGUUCGAUGAACUAUACAUGUGUAGUCCCGGCUCAAGCCAUGAAAGCUUUGGCAGGUACUCAUUCAUAUGUGUAGGACAAUCAGCCAUGCUUAAGCCAAUAGUCUUGCAUCCUGGAGAUGUUUGGACAGGUGAGCAACAUUUACAUAAUCCUAAUCUCUGAAUAAUAAUGUAUCUCAAUAUGAUAGAGAAUAGUGACUGGGCUUGUUUGUAAUGAGAAAUAAUGCAACAUGAACCUGCUGAUGUACAGAAACAUCUUAUAUAGAAUGAAAAUUUUGCAGCUAAUAUCAUGAUAAGAGAGUUCUAUUUCUUCCA